CCCACGUGGGGCGCAGACGCGCUCUUCAUUGGCGGCUGAGUGGGAGGCGGGGCUAGAGCGCGCCGGAGCCGCGCGGCGUCCGGCCCGAGGGGCCAGCUUUGGGAGCUGAGGGCCGGCAGGGAGGGGGCGCAGGCCAUGGCGCCGGCUCUGCGUUACCUGAGCGGAGCCUGCGGCCGCGCCCGCGGGGUUUUCCCCGGCGGCUUCUCCGCGGCGUGCCGGCCGGCGCAGGGGAGACCCUGGCCGCUGUGCCAAGGUUUCCGUAGAGCCAGCACCCGCUCAUUUGAUGUAGUCAUUAUCGGUGGUGGAAUUGUGGGCCUUGCCUCUGCCAGAGCACUCAUCCUGCGACAUCCAGCACUUUCCAUUGGUGUUCUGGAAAAGGAGAAGGAUUUAGCUGUUCACCAGACAGGACAUAACAGUGGUGUCAUACAUAGUGGAAUUUAUUAUAAACCUGAAUCUCUGAAAGCUAAAUUGUGUGUACAGGGUGCAGCCCUCAUCUAUGAGUAUUGUAACCAAAAGGGAAUUUCCUACAAGCAGUGUGGCAAGCUUAUAGUAGCUGUUGAACAAGAAGAAAUUCCCAGACUUCAAGCCCUAUAUGAGAGAGGCCUGCAGAAUGGUGUUCAGGGCCUGAGGCUAAUCCAACAGGAAGAUAUAAAGAAGAAGGAGCCAUAUUGCAGGGGUCUAAUGGCUAUUGAUUGUCCAUACACUGGCAUUGUGGACUAUCGGCAGGUGGCUUUGUCAUUUGCCCAGGAUUUCCAAGAAGCAGGUGGCUUUGUCUUGACCAAUUUUGAAGUAAAAGAUAUUGAAAUGGCUAAAGAAAGUCCUUCAGGAAGUAAAGAUGGGACGAAAUAUCCAAUUGUUAUAAGGAAUACAAAGGGAGAGGAAGUUCAGUGUCAGUAUGUUGUGACGUGUGCAGGACUUUACUCGGACCGUAUUUCAGAGUUGAGUGGCUGUAAUCCUGAUCCUCGGAUUGUCCCAUUCCGGGGAGAUUACCUGCUCUUGAAGCCGGAAAAAUGCUAUCUUGUAAGAGGAAAUAUUUAUCCGGUUCCAGAUAGCCGGUUUCCUUUCCUAGGGGUUCACUUCACACCAAGGAUGGACGGCAAUAUUUGGCUAGGGCCUAAUGCAGUUCUUGCCUUUAAACGAGAGGGCUACAAACCCUAUGACUUCAGUGCCAGAGAUGUUAUGGAUGUAAUUAUCAAGAGUGGCUUGAUUAAAUUAGUGUUCCAGAAUUUUUCCUAUGGAGUUAAUGAAAUGUAUAAAGCCUGUUUUCUCAGUGCAACAGUGAAGCACCUUCAAAAGUUUAUCCCUGAAAUUACUGUCAGUGAUAUACUGAGAGGUCCAGCUGGAGUAAGAGCCCAAGCCCUGGAUAGAGAUGGAAAUCUGGUGGAAGAUUUUGUAUUUGAUGGAGGAGCUGGGGCUAUUGGAAGUCGCAUUCUUCAUGUUCAGGAGCAAGUACAUCCCAAUCUCUCAGCUAAUGAAGAGUCUCUCUAUUAUAUUGAAGAGCUGAUUUUUCAGCUGCUUAAUAAAUUAUGCAUGGCUCAACCAAGGACUGUUCAAGAUGUGGAGGAACGUGUUCAAAAGACCUUUCCUCAUCCAAUUGAUAAAUGGGCUAUUGCUGAUGCACAAUCUGCCAUAGAAAAACGAAAACGAAGAAAUCCUCUCUUACUUCCUGUGGACAAAAUCCAUCCUUCAUUGAAGGAAGUUUUAGGGUACAAAGUGGACUAUCAUGUAUCCCUAUAUAUUGUGGCUGUGCUAGAGUAUAUCUCAGCUGAUAUUUUGAAGUUGGCUGGUAAUUAUGUUUUUAAUAUCCGACAUUAUGAAAUAUCUCAGCAGGACAUUAAAGUGUCAAUGUGUGCAGAUAAGGUUUUGAUGGACAUGUUUGAUCAGGAUGACAUAGGUUUGGUUUCUCUCUGUGAAGACGAACCUCGUUCUUCAGGCGAAUUAAACUACUAUGACCUUGUCAGAACCGAAAUUGCGGAAGAAAGGCAGUAUCUACGGGAACUCAAUAUGAUCAUUAAAGUGUUUCGAGAAGCCUUUCUUUCUGACAGAAAGCUGUUUAAACCUUCUGAUAUUGACAGGAUUUUCAGUAACAUUUCAGAUAUACAUGAAUUAACUGUGAAACUUUUAGGUUUGAUUGAAGACACAGUUGAAAUGACUGAUGAAAGCAGUCCUCAUCCGUUAGCGGGCAGCUGUUUUGAAGAUUUGGCAGAAGAGCAAGCAUUUGAUCCUUAUGAAACAUUAUCACAGGACAUUCUUUCUCCAAAAUUUAAUGAACAUUUUAGUAAGUUGAUGGCCAGACCUGCGGUGGCUCUACACUUUCAGUCCAUUGCUGAUGGUUUUAAAGAGGCAGUUCGUUAUGUCCUUCCACGCCUUAUGCUGGUGCCUGUUUAUCAUUGUUGGCACUAUUUUGAAUUAUUAAAGCAAUUGAAAGCAUGUAGUGAAGAGCAGGAAGACAGAGAAUGUUUGAACCAAGCUAUUACCGCUCUUAUGAAUCUCCAAGGUAGUAUGGACCGGAUUUACAAGCAGUAUUCACCUAGACGCCGACCUGGGGAUCCUGUUUGCCCUUUUUAUAAUCGUCAGUUAAGAAGCAAGCAUCUGGCUAUUAAAAAAAUGAAUGAAAUUCAGAAAAACAUAGAUGGAUGGGAAGGGAAAGAUAUUGGACAGUGUUGUAAUGAAUUCAUUAUGGAAGGCCCAUUGACACGAAUUGGUGCUAAACAUGAACGACAUAUUUUUCUCUUCGAUGGCUUAAUGAUUAGCUGUAAACCCAAUCAUAGUCAGUCACGCCUUCCAGGUUAUAGUAGUGCAGAAUACAGAUUAAAAGAGAAAUUUGUCAUGAGGAAAAUACAAAUAUGUGAUAAAGAAGAUACUUGUGAGUGCAAACAUGCUUUUGAGUUGGUAUCCAAAGAUGAAAACAGCAUAGUAUUUGCUGCUAAGUCUGCCGAAGAGAAAAACAAUUGGAUGGCCGCACUUAUUUCUCUUCACUAUCGUAGUACACUAGAUCGAAUGCUAGAUUCAGUGUUAUUGAAAGAAGAAAAUGAGCAACCAUUGAGAUUACCAAGUCCUGAAGUGUAUCGUUUUGUGGUAAAAGACUCUGAGGAAAACAUUGUUUUUGAAGACAACCUGCAAAGUAGAAGUGGAAUCCCCAUUAUUAAAGGAGGAACUGUAGUGAAAUUAAUUGAAAGGUUAACAUAUCAUAUGUAUGCAGAUCCCAAUUUUGUUCGUACUUUUCUUACUACAUACCGUUCAUUUUGUAAACCACAGGAAUUGCUAAGCUUACUGAUUGAACGAUUUGAAAUUCCAGAGCCAGAACCUACUGAAGCAGAUAAAUUGGCCGUAGAGAAAGGCGAACAGCCGAUCAGCGCAGACCUUAAAAGGUUUCGCAAGGAAUAUGUGCAACCAGUACAGCUUAGGAUCUUAAAUGUGUUUCGGCACUGGGUUGAACACCAUUUUUAUGACUUUGAAAGGGAUUUGGAGUUGCUUGAAAGACUAGAAUCCUUCAUUUCAAGUGUAAGAGGGAAAGCUAUGAAGAAGUGGGUAGAGUCAAUUGCUAAGAUCAUCAAGAGAAAGAAACAAGCUCAGGCAAAUGGAAUAAGCCAUAAUAUUACCUUUGAAAGUCCACCUCCACCAACUGAAUGGCAUAUCAGCAGACCAGGGCAGUUUGAAACAUUUGACCUCAUGACCCUUCAUCCAAUAGAAAUUGCACGUCAGCUGACACUUUUGGAAUCUGAUCUCUACAGGAAAGUCCAACCUUCUGAACUAGUAGGGAGUGUAUGGACGAAAGAAGAUAAAGAAAUAAAUUCUCCAAAUUUGUUAAAAAUGAUUCGCCAUACCACAAACCUCACCUUAUGGUUUGAAAAGUGUAUUGUGGAAGCAGAAAAUUUUGAGGAACGGGUGGCAAUACUAAGUAGAAUUAUAGAAAUUCUGCAAGUUUUUCAAGAUUUGAAUAACUUCAAUGGUGUAUUGGAGAUAGUCAGUGCAGUAAAUUCAGUGUCGGUAUACAGACUAGACCAUACUUUUGAGGCAUUGCAGGAAAGAAAAAGGAGAAUUUUGGAUGAAGCUGUGGAAUUAAGUCAAGAUCACUUUAAAAAAUACCUGGUAAAACUUAAGUCAAUCAAUCCACCUUGCGUGCCUUUUUUUGGAAUAUAUUUAACAAAUAUUCUGAAAACUGAAGAAGGGAAUAAUGAUUUUUUAAAAAAGAAAGGGAAAGAUUUAAUCAAUUUCAGUAAGAGGAGGAAAGUAGCUGAAAUUACUGGAGAAAUUCAGCAGUAUCAGAAUCAACCUUACUGUUUACGGAUAGAACCAGAAAUGAGGAGGUUCUUUGAAAACCUUAACCCCAUGGGAAGUGCUUCUGAAAAGGAGUUUACGGAUUAUUUGUUCAACAAAUCACUAGAAAUUGAACCCCGAAACUGCAAACAGCCACCUCGAUUUCCUAGGAAAUCAACUUUCUCUUUAAAAUCUCCUGGAAUACGGCCUAAUACAGGCCGACAUGGCUCUACCUCAGGCACUUUACGAGGUCAUCCAACGCCAUUAGAAAGAGAACCAUGUAAAAUGAGCUUUAGUCGGAUUGCUGAAACUGAUAUUGAAUCAACGGUGUCAGCACCGACCUCUCCAAAUACACCAUCUACUCCACCAGUAUCUGCUUCUUCAGACCUUAGUGUGUUUUUGGAUGUGGAUCUCAGCAGUUCCUGUGGCAGCAAUAGCAUCUUUGCUCCAGUCCUCUUGCCACAUUCAAAAUCUUUCUUCAGCUCCUGUGGUAGUUUACAUAAACUGAGUGAAGAGCCGCUGAUCCCCCCUCCGCUUCCUCCUCGAAAAAAGUUUGAGGACGAUGCUUCAAACUCCAAGGGAAAUACGAAAUCUGAUGAUGACCCCCCUGCUAUUCCACCAAGACAGCCUCCUCCUCCAAAGGUAAAACCCAGAGCUCCUGCUCCUACUGGUGCAUUUGACGGGCCUCUGCACAGUCCACCUCCACCGCCACCAAGAGACCCUCUUCCUGAUACCCCUCCACCAGUUCCCCUUCGGCCUCCAGAGCACUUUCUAAACUGCCCGUUUAAUCUUCAGCCACCUCCACUAGGACAUCUGCACAGAGACCCAGACUGGUUCAGAGAUGUUAGUACCUGCCCAAACUCGCCAAAUACUCCUCCUAGCACACCCUCUCCGAGAGUACCACGUCGAUGCUACGUGCUCAGUUCUAGUCACAACCACCUUGCUCAUCCUCAAGCUCCCCCUGUUCCACCGAGGCAGAGUUCAAGCCCUCACCUGCCAAACCUACCAAAACUGCCACCAAAGACUUACAAACGGGAGCUUUCGCACCCUCCGUCAUUCAGACUGCCUGUGCUAGAAAAUGCGGAAACUCCUCAGUGACCUUAGCCAUAUGUAGUCAUUGACACUGGAAUGGUAUUUGUAAAGGGUUUUUUUUUUAAUUUAUUCAAAAAAGGCAUAGUAUUUUAGUACUUUUUACAAAUAAUGCUCUUACAAAAAUGCUACUGAUCAAAUAAGCUUUUAAAAUUGGAAAAGUAAAAAUACAAAAGUCCUUUAUCAUUAUCCUCAGGUGAUCAGUAGCAUUGCCUUGUCUUGGAUCCUCAGUGCUGCCAAAAGGCCAGUAUAAAGAAUUUAUAUUUGCACUGUAGACUCUGCUAAAAUAUGGUUUAAAGUGACAUUGAUUGCACUGAAAGGGGAUAGUGCAUUUGUGGAAUUUUUCAAAUUUGGAUAAUAGACGCCUUUUUAAGGCAGUGAAUUUACACAGAUAUAGGGGGUGUGUGGUAUUACUGAUUUUUAAAACUCUUUGACCAUCUUCUAGUUUUUACUUCUAGUUUUUACGUUUAGGGAGAAUUGUGAAAAACACCCAGUGUUCUUAAACUCUUUAAUGCCAUGUCUUAAAUGCCAGAAUUUGCUGCUGAAGACAAAAAUGAAAAAUAGAAUGAAAGUAAUAGGAUGCACUGUAAGUGUUUAUUAUUUUGUCAAAAUGUAUACAGAGACUACCUAACCCAAUCAUAGAGGGAAAAAGGGCAUGUAUCUCAUUCAGAUGUGCCUUUUGGUUUUGCAGACUAUGGUGUCUUUAGCUAAUGAGUUGCCUAUUGUUUUGGAAAACAAAGUUAAUUAAUAUGCCAUGUAUGUACAGUUUUGUUUAUAUUGUAUAUUUAAAGAUAAUGCUAAUAACCUAUAUAAAUUUAAGUGACUCAAGGCCUAUAAUACAAUCUGCUACUUUACUAAUUCAGAAAUUCAGAGGAAAAUUUCUUAUGGCAUAGGAACCAACUGCCUUGCCCUCAAAACAUAGUAACGUUCUCUAUAAAUCUCAUGUUAACUAAAGUAAAAAAAAUUAUUUUUUAGAUUGGUAACAUUUAAACCGGCAAACAUACUUAAAGCUUUAUUAAACUUUCUAUUCCGAGAAGUGAGUAAAAGUUUUAUUUGCCAUUUGGACUCCUGGGUUCAAAGUGAUGAAAAAGUGUGUUUUGCUGAUAGUGCUGUAGCAGCAGUUGUAAAGUGGCCAGAAGCCACGUUGUUUAUUUACUGGUCUGUGGCCUUUUACUGUGCUUUGUAUCAGAGUUCUUAACGAGAUUAAUAAAUCACCCCAGUCUUAAUUUUUAAAAGAC